AAAUAUCUGGUGACUGAGAGUAUUGUAAAUAGGAUGGACAGGAAACACUAUUGACAUAGUACAUCCAAAUGGGAAGGGAUGAAAUGGCAAUGUUAGAGAGUGGCUGUGUAAUUCAAGUUGGGUAUGAACUGACAAUUGAUGAGGAGGAUAUGCCCGAUGUAAGUUCUGCUCGGAUCUUCCGAGUGCCAAGGCUACGGCGAGACUCCAAAGACCGUUUGUACAGUCCACAUCUUGUUUCAAUCGGCCCUUUUCAUUAUGGGAAGAAGGAGCUGCAAGGCAUGGAGAACUCCAAAUCUGAGGCAGUUCGAAGGAUGCAAAAGAGGAUCCAUAGGAGUAAUCCAGAUGCGUCUAUCAAGUCAAUUGUUGAAGAAUUCAUCCUGCUCAAGGACAACAAGAUAAGGAAGUUCUAUGGUGAACAUAUUCACGUUACUUGUAUAGAACUAGCAUGGAUGGUAACCAGGGAUGCAUGUUUUAUUUAUGAAUUUCUUGUUAAUUAUAUAAAAGUUAGCAGGAAUGCUCACCACUCAUAUGAAACUCAACUAUCUCAAUUUCAGUAUGUUGAGUGUUUUUAUGAAGAAGAGAGUGUAUUUAAGUGGAAGCAUGAUUCAGUUUUUGAUGUCGAUCUUCAAAAUCCCAUGAGAGAAAGACUAAUGACUGAUAUACUUUUAUUUGAAAACCAAAUACCUUUGUGGGUUUUGAAGGAUCUCCUUAAAUUCCAGACGGGUUCUGCAGAAGCCGCAAAACAAAAAGUAGAACACUUAACGAGCAUGCUGCUUUGGCGAGCAGCCCGACAUGAAGUUUUCAUGUGGAAAGCUAGAGUUUCUUACAACAUGUACUGUAAGAAACAUGUCCUCGAAGUAGUCUACCGCUCCAUGGUGGGCAGGGAUGUCGAGGAACUCCUAGAUUCGCCGCCUUCGUCUCGCAAUUGCAUGCAGAUCUGCUUGGAGAAAUGCUUUGGUUCAAUGAAAGCCAUUUGUAGACGUUGGUAUAAUCUUUGUUUUGUCAAUUCCUCCUCAAAUAAGAGCCCUGGCAACGCGGUCGAUAUGGUGUAUCUGAAGCUCCCAACAGCAAUGGAACUCGUGCGCGGAGGAGUGAAGAUCUAGCCAGUUCUCUUUGAAGAUAUAAAAAGAGCAGUCUCGCAAGAUCCAACUAGAUCGAUGGAUUAUUGUUCAGCCAUUCGAUGGACAAGAUUUGAUGAGAAAACAUCAACGUUGUACUUACCACAAUUCAGGGUCACGUCGGAGUUACAAAUAUUGAUAGGAAGCAUUAUUGCCAUGGAAGUGGCCGUUAGAAGGUACAGUACAAAGCCAGUGACUCAGCUUGCGUUGCUUAUUGAAGAGGAUGUUGCAGUGCUCAGAAACGCAGAGGUGAUUAACAAUUUCCUCGGAAGCAACAAACAAGUGGCGGAGUAUUUCCUUUUGGCUAAAGGUAUUACCCAUGUCUGCGGCUGCAAACCAAUUGAUGACGUCAGAGUGAGGUUGCAUAAGUACACUAGAAGAAAGUACAAGAAACUCUGGAGUGAGUUCGUAGGUGCUUAGUUGCUUGCUGGGUCAAUGGCCGCCGUGCUGCUAAUUCUGAUGACAGUAGCGCAAGAUUUUUGUCUUUUUCUCACUUGUGACCUUUACUCCUCUUUUCCGUUAGAGUCUAUUUUUCAAUUGUCAUCAGUGUUUACUUUAUGGCCAGGGUUUUCUUUAAAAUUAGUUUUAUGUACUGCUAAGUUUCAGACAGCUCUGUUGUUGUUCAUAUUGUAUAAUUUUUUUUACUGUUUGUUUCAAUAAAUAAAAAAAUUAAAUUAUCAA